AAUUUGUAAAUUAUAUCGCAAAAUUUAUUAAUUUAUAUAAAUUAAUGUAUAAGUAGCUUAAAAUUAAGAGGUGUAAAGUAGAUUUCUAAUUUUUGAAUAAUGUUAUAUGAGCCUACAUCAUGGUACUCAUAUUCACAAGUAUUAGAUAUUUUCAAAAGAUUAUCCGACGAAAAUCAAUAUGAGUCAAUUCUGUUCCAAAUAGAGCUAUGGAAGGCCCGAGGAAGGGUCCCGGCAGCCAUUCACGCGACUUACCUCCUACUGAGCGUAAUGCUAUCACACAAAAAUUCAAAUUUAUACCAAUCAAACAUACGAGAUUUGUACGCAAUGUCAAUAAUAAGGACUGUAAACCUGCUACUGGACCAGGAACAAGAUUCAAUAUAUGCAAAGAGCAUGAUACUUAUGGGAAAAGAAGCCAAUUUCCCGGAAAGCAUUAUUAAAUGCCGGCACAGAUGCUCACACGGAGAUAUUCCAGACUUGGAAACACUAAUGUUUACACUAAAAGAUACACUCAAUUAUUUGUACAGAAAAUACUGGGAGAAACAGUCAAAUUUGAUAAAUUCAAGGCUGGGUGACGAUAACCAUCACACACUUGUGUUAUUCUCAGCAUUUCUAUUAAGUCGCUCUGUGAUUAAUAAUGUAGACCAUAGUUUAUAUAUACGGCCCUUAAAUAAGAGGCGAUUUAAACUUAAACAUGUUUUAAAUAAGAAGAAACCACAAAACCUUGUAACCAUAAAAUCGGUACUCUCAGAUAGUAACAGGAUACUAUACCUUGUUUCCGGAGGGAUAAAUCUCUCAAUAUAUAGAUUUCUAAGUUUUGUAAAAAAGAAGAAUCGUCGUUUUUACGCAACCAGGUCAUCAAUACAGCUAUUCAACUGUACAUUAAAGAAGCUGUUAAACUGCUGCCUAAACGAGGAUAUUUUUAUCUCACUUUUCGUUGAAUGUUUUUUUUGUAGUUAUAAGCCAUUUCAGUCACCAAUGUUCUUCCUAAUUCUGUUCUAUACCAUAUCACAAUACUCGUUUAACUUUACAAUCAAGUUUGUGGCACACAUUCUAAAUUGGGUUUUUGAUAUUACUGAUAUGUUCACAGAUAUAAAGAAUUUGGAAAAUGACUCUGUAACCAGGAGAGCAAAUUUGUACAGUAAUGUGUUAAUCGGAUUUGAUUUUAAAUAUAACUAUCCUAACCAUAAUAACAUGAAACAUCAUGUUAAGAACAAUUUCAACUCGUUUCCAACUAAUGAAGCAUACAGAAGUAAUGUGAACGAGUGGCUGCUAGUGCUACUGGAGUACGGGUUAAGUUUAAAAAAUGGUAAAAUUUCCACCAAUCACAUUAGGUUUUUGAGGACAUUUAGAGUUUUACCAAAGUCUGAAUAUGAAAAAAUGCUAAACUACGAGUUUACGGCGCUUUCAAGGACACUAACUGCAGUUGCUCUCCUACUGCCUUCCUAUGUAGUCAAGAUAUCGUCUAGACAUGCACAAAAUUCUUUCUCUACACCUAAAGAGAAUUCAGCUGGAAUCUGGACCAGGGACAAGAUAUCACACGCAAUAGGGCUUGGAAAUUGGAUAAGUUUGGGGAACGGAAGGUACAUGUUCGAGGUCGCGCAUGAAGAGGUGAAAAAAAAGACAAUUUUGGAAUCCGAGACUAAUUUGAAAACAUAUACAGAAAAAAUAAAUAAAAAUUUAUUACCAGGAACAAUAUGGAACAAUAAAGACUGUAAAGUAAGACAGACAUUUCCACUGGGAGGGGACGACAUUGACACCAAUGGGAAAAUCAUCUUAUGUCUGGAAAAAAUAAAGGAUAAAAAUUUCAUAAAGGUGGAAGGAUGCGAUGAGAAAGUGGCUUGUGCGAAAUCUCAGCUCUAUAGCAUCAACAAUGACCUGAAAUUCGAAAAAUUCGAUCAGACAAGAAUCCAAAGGAAACUACUAAAGAUCAUUUCCUCAAGCACAAAUUGUUGUAAAAAAAAUCUCAACAACAAUAAUCUAACAUAA